CUACUUCCUGUAAUUUAGCAUAAAAAUACAUUGAGUUGAUAUGUGUUCUUUGGAUUCGAAACUGCGAAAUACACUUUUGUUUCACCAUAGUUGAAGUGUUCAAAAAAUUGAGUGGGGAAUAUAGAUAGAUUUAUCUUCAGAUAGAUUGACGCCAAAAAUGUGUUAACUACUUGUAUUUAUUCUGCACAUAGUGGCAUGGUUACAUGUGUAGUUUACAUGUAUAACACUCCGACCGUGCAAUUUGCUUUGGUCAGCUGUGAGUUCAUGAGACUUUGGUGCGAAGGAUAUAUAUUUUCUUGAAACUGAUUAUUUUGGUGGAGUAGAGGAAUUUGUCACACACAAAAAUAUGGUCAUUUUUUUUUAAGUCUUUCCAUUGAUCAUAUGAUAGAGAUUUUGAUACUUUUCUAUAUCCUAUUUCAGUCUGAAAACUGCUUGUGUUCCAGUUUCUGGCCUCAUUAUUAUGUUUUGCCAAUGGUUUCUUCCAUUUCUCUCUUAUAUAGGUGAUAUUAUAUCUAAGAUUAUAAACUGAACUACUUCAAUGCAAACCAUUUAACAUUUUGUUAAUUGGGCCAAGUUGUUGUCAAGGGUGCAAAUAUGACCACGCAACUUGGUGCUACACCAAUCUUGGUCAUCCUUUAGCUUUACUCCACGGAUUGAAUCAGAUGUGUAUAUUUGAGUGAAACCAACCCAAAGUAUUUGUUGGAGCCAAGUCUCAAGUGGACUGAAUUAAGCUCAACAAUUUUCAGGAAUUUCAUGCUUUUGAUUUACCCCUUCUUUUUCGUGUUAAUGGUGAAGAUGACAUAAAAGAAGAGAGGAUAUAUUGUCCCACCCUUGGUGUAUGUUUCGUUUAUGCCAUAAUUCCUUUUGCGUGAAAAGAGAGGGUCAAUGCAGGGGGCAUACUAAGCUUACUGGAUCUAAUCAAGUGAAGACUUUUUUUGUUCCAUUUCAAGAGUUCAGUGGAAAAACGCGAACACUUGAAAUUGUAAGAGCAGGACCGCCAGGGCUUGGUGCACAAAUUUUGCCUAUUGAUAGAAGAGGACCUACUAUUCAUUCAACUCGAACACAGUCUGCUUCCUUACUAUGCCAUUCCUCGUUGAAUGCAAGAUGUGGUGCAGAGCAAACUCAAACUGUGACACGUGAGGCGCCAACUAUCACUCACGUUCCUGGCAAGGAAAAGUCGCCUCAACUUGAUGAUGGUGGGUCUGGAUUCCCGCCUCGUGAUGAUGGUGAUGGUGGUGGUGGAGGCGGUGGAGGUGGAGGCAACUGGUCUGGUGGAUUUUUCUUUUUUGGCUUUCUUGCCUUUCUAGGCUUUUUAAAGGAUAAGGAAAGUGAGGGGGCUUAUCGUGAUGAGAGAAGAUGAGAGAGAACGAUUAGAAAUUAAUAAUAGUUUUGGCGAGUAUUUUGGCGCUGCGUUCUUUCUGUAUAACUAUCAUAGAUGGCUUUUGAGUCUAAACAUGCCAACUUUGUUAUAUAUAGCUCGAGUUUUAUUGGCGUAUUGGCUGUGUGCAGCUUUAAAAUAGGAGGGUGGUUUACUGGUUUGCAUGGACAUAACUCUCUGUCAACAUCGUGUUUUUUUCUUCAUGCCUCUCUUUGACGGAGAAUUUUCAGGUGUAAUUGCUGCAAUUUUGCUCUGUUAA